AUGAAGGUAGCUGGCAUCCAUCCUGAUCAAGCUCAUGACCGGACAAACAUGUGGCCAGAAACUCGAACCCUACUAUUCGGUGCAAACGAAAUGAGAGGACUAUUCAAAACCCUUUGCGUGCUACUAUUCAAGACUCUAUCUAAAAGCACAGUGGCAGCAGGUAAAGCUCCUCCGAAAACAUCGAGAAAACCUUCUGUGGAAACAAAAAAGAAAAGUCCUCUAGAAACAACAGGAGAAACACCAGCGGGAUUGUCUUCGAAGAGAGUUAAGAGAAAAACGCCUACUCCACCUCCAUCAAAAAGAUCAGAGACGCCAAAGAAAGAUUGA